AUGGACAACAAAUCUUUUCCAUGUCAAGUGUUACUUAUUCUCAUAAGCCUCAAAUUGUCAAGUUCCCUAUUAUAUCCAGCAUCAACUUCUCUGGGUCUCACCUCCUCGGUUUCUGUGCCCGUAGCUGAGUUCUAUCCGGAACGUCGUAUCCUGGUCGAUUGGUGCUUCGCCAUUUCCUAUGACUUACCCCACAAUCUGUCCUCAUUCUACAGCAUACCCAUUUGGCCGGGUUUUGCGAACUAUAAGGCCAAACGCGAAGUGCCUCGUGUUGAUUACAAUGAUGUCAGCUUCUAUGCCAAAUAUGGUUACAAUGCAUUGACCCAAACACAUCCUAAGGAUUUCUCAGCUGGAGAGCUUUAUGCAACCAUUGAAGAUGCUUUGACUUCAUAUGGAUUCCAUGAUACUUGUCUUUUGCGUAGCGUUUGUGAAUUAGCCACGCAUCCAUUUGAUGAUGAUCAGCAUUUAUUAAGCGAUAUAUUAACCUUCAUAUUGACUCCGUCACAGCACGAAGGAUUUCUGGAAAGCGAACAUGUCUACAAACAGGCGUACGAACAAGCUGAACUUGAUGGAUUCCUGGGCAACAAUUGCACCCAGAUCUAUUCGCAUUGCAAGCACGAUAUCUUGAGACUCAUCAGCAAUGUUGUCUUUCACAACUCCUAAAAAAUGUAACUAUGAUAA